UCUCUGACAUGACUGAUUAGAAUGUUUUCACAUAUCCUUGUGUGCAGCAUUGCAGGGAAGGCAAAUUUGGAGAAGUCAGACUUAGAACCAGCUUUGAAAGCUCUAAAGGAUAGGCUCAUGACCAAGAAUGUGGCUGAGGAGAUAGCUGAGAAACUCUGUGAAUCAGUGGCAGCAAGUCUUGAAGGCAAAAAGCUGGCUUCAUUUACAAGGAUAUCUUCAACAGUGCAGGCGGCAAUGGAAGAAGCACUUGUUCGAAUUUUAACUCCUAGACGUUCAAUUGAUAUACUAAGGGAUGUGCAUGCUGCCAAGGAGCAAAGGAAACCAUAUGUUGUUGUAUUUGUUGGUGUUAAUGGUGUUGGAAAAUCUACUAAUCUAGCUAAGGUUGCUUACUGGCUUCUGCAGCACAAUGUCAGUGUUAUGAUGGCAGCUUGUGACACAUUUCGAUCAGGGGCUGUUGAGCAGCUGCGGACUCAUGCUCGUAGACUUCAGAUCCCUAUAUUUGAGAAGGGCUAUGAGAAAGAUCCGGCCAUUGUGGCAAAAGAAGCAAUUCAGGAAGCUUCACGCAAUGGUUCAGAUGUGGUUCUUGUUGAUACAGCUGGUCGUAUGCAGGAUAAUGAACCACUGAUGAGAGCACUGUCAAAGCUCAUCUACCUGAACAAUCCAGAUCUGGUCUUAUUUGUUGGAGAAGCACUUGUUGGUAAUGACGCAGUUGAUCAGCUUUCAAAGUUCAAUCAGAAAUUAGCUGACCUCUCAGCAUCAGCUAAUCCAAGAUUGAUUGAUGGUAUCUUGCUCACAAAGUUCGACACCAUUGAUGACAAGGUGGGAGCUGCACUUUCAAUGGUUUACAUAUCUGGAGCUCCUGUCAUGUUUGUUGGCUGUGGACAGUCUUAUACUGACCUCAAGAAACUCAAUGUCAAAUCAAUUGUGAAAACUCUCCUAAAAUGAGGGCACUAUUUUACCUUGCAAUGCUGUUCACCUGUCGUGUGUUUCUGUUUGAUGAUGAACUUGUUGAUCCUCGUUUAUCCCAUUACUUUGUGAGGAAAAAAUACUGUGGCUUUGACAUUCAUGCAAUUUGGUUUGUUUAGUUAAGAAGCUUGUAUUCAGCAUCGUCCCUACUUGCACCCUUUUGGGGUGCUUCUUCAUGAGUGUAAUAUAUAAGGUGCAGUGAAAGACGUUUCCUAAUAUACUCGAGACCUUCUUCCUUCCA